AUGGCGGAAAACCCCAAAUCUUCGGCCACCGUGUCCACCGUGGCCCCAGUCAGAGACAUAUCCGACUGUGAUACUACGAACCAGCAGCAGCGAACCUUCCGAUCUUUUUUUAGAUGGCAUGAGCCAGGAACUAGCAAGGAAGAGAAACGUCUUAUUUUCAAGCUGGAUGUUUUCAUAUUAACUUACACAUGCCUGACUUGCUUCAUCAAAUCCUUGGAUACCUCCAAUGUGAACAAUGCUUUUUUCUCGGGCAUGAAGGAAGAUUUGAAGAUGUACAGUAAUGAGUUGAACCUCAUGAGCACAUAUUUCAGUGUGGGGAUCAUGAUUGGCUCGCCUUUCAGUACGUUGGCUUUAACAUUUUUCAGCCCUCGAUUUUGGCUGCCUCUGUGCACAAUGCUAUGGUCUAUUUGUGUCCUAGGCAUUUAUGCCGCUAAGAACGUCGAAACGAUAUACGGGCUUCGGUACUUGAUUCGACCCCCACGCCUAGUCGCCACAGCGAUCGGUAGCUGGUAUCGCAAGUCCGAGAUUAGUCGGCGGAUGGCCUUGUUUGGGAUAUCUGCCGGCGCCGGACCAAUGUUUUCAAGCUACAUUCAAUCUGGGCUAUACCAAAAUAUGCACGACCGGCUUGGUAUAGCAUCGUGGAGAUGGCUCUUUAUCUUUGAUUUCAUCCUCGGUAUCCCUGUCGCUAUUUUGGGCCUUUUGACAUGUCCAGGUACCGGUGCCCCUCCCGAUCGAAAUAUCGAUCACAAGACUAACUUGAACUUCGCAGCGGAACCAAAAUCAACCAAAAUAUGGUGGAUGACGGAGAACGAACGACAGAUGUCAAUUGACCGACUGGCAGAGCAAGGUCGCGAUGCUCAAAAAGUCAAAUGGUCGGUACCAAUGGUAAAGCGUUUGCUUUCGUGUUGGCAAAUCUACUGCUUUCCAUUGGCAUGGGGAAUCAUGCAGCUUAGCUGUGGACAGCAAGUAUCCACAUGGAUGAGACUGUGGCUCAAAUCCUUGACAAUAGAUGGAAGACCUCGAUACAGCGUUGAGCAAAUAAACAACUUGCCGACGGUUAUAAGCGGACUGGAAAUUGUAUGGAUGCUCCUCGCGGCCUGUGUGGCAGAUGCUAUUGGGAAUAGGUCAAUUGUGAUCUGCGUCUGUGCCUCAAUCCAGCUAACUACGUAUGCGGUACUGGCGGCGUGGCCAGCAAAUGAGCAUGCUGUGAUGGCAAUGUUCUUUCUGGCGAGUGCGUACGGAGGGAUUGCCCCGCUCAUCAGCGCUUGGUUGAACUCCUGUUGCGGUGGAAAUAGGGAACUCCGAGCUUUAGCCAGCUCGCUCCUGUUCUCACUUGGCUAUGCAAUGGGUAACGUCCAACUGAAGAUAUUCCCAGCGGACCAAGGGCCCAAGUUCAAAGAAACGCAUGGGUAUGCGUUUGGGCUUGCUUGGAUUGGAGUUUUUAUCAUUUGGGCGGGUGUUGCCAUACCGGCCUUGGAACGCUGGUCUCAGCGUACUAAGAGAUCCGACGACGUGACUGAAUCGAGGCUGGAAGAUUGA